GCCUUAGGAACCCUGAAGCUGAGUUGAGCCAUGAGGCCAUCACCAGAGCCCCCGCUGGAGAGGGCCUGAUUUCAGGAGCGGAGUUGCCUGUGACAAAGCCUCUGGAGCGCCCAUGAGGGGACACUCUUGGCUCCUGUGAGGCAAAGGCUCCGGGGCCUGGGCAGGUGGAACGGCUGGGCUGCAGCUAUGGACCGUGAGCUGGCCCAGGCCCGCGUCCUUGCUGAACCUGCCCGUCUGUGGCUGCUCCCACCAUGGGCUCCUUGGUGUACAUCACAGUGGAGCUGGCCAUUGCUGUGCUGGCCAUCCUGGGCAAUGUGCUGGUGUGCUGGGCUGUGUGGAUCAACAGCAACCUACAGAAUGUCACCAAUUACUUUGUGGUGUCGCUGGCAGCGGCUGACAUUGCAGUGGGCGUGCUUGCCAUCCCGUUUGCCAUCACCAUCAGCACUGGCUUCUGCGCUGCCUGCCACGGCUGCCUCUUCUUUGCCUGCUUUGUCCUGGUCCUCACGCAGAGCUCCAUCUUUAGUCUCUUGGCCAUUGCCAUUGACCGCUACAUCGCCAUCCGCAUCCCACUCCG